AAUAAUUAUGGUGAUUUUAACGAAAAAAGAAUUUGAAGAUGCUGAAAAGAAAAGUCUUUGGAUUAAAAAUUUCGAGAAAGAUUCAUGCGGUGUUGGAUUUAUUGCAUCAAUUGAUGGAAUUUCAACACAUCGGAUUUUGAAAGAAGCUCGAAUAAUGUUAGAACGAAUGGCGCAUCGCGGUGCAUGUUCAUGUGAUAAUGAUUCGGGUGAUGGUGCUGGCGUCCUUACUGCUAUUCCUGAUAAACUUUAUCGUAACGAAUUACUUCAAUGUGGAGAUAUAGAACUUCCACAGUUAGGUUGUUACGCAACUGGUAUUCUUUUUCUUAAUCGAGAAACUUAUAAACAAGCCAAGGAAGCAUUUAUGGAUUUGGCAAAUGGUUGCGAUUUAAAAGUUAUAGCUUGGCGGCGCUUAUUAACACAUAAUAGUCGAAUCGGAUUUGAAGCGAGAAAAACCGAACCCGUUAUGAGACAAGUAUUUGUAUCGGCAGAAUACGCAACUGAAGAUAAAAUUCGUUUCGAAAAAAAUAUAUAUAUUCUACGAAAACAAGCAAGUAUACAACUUGCGAAACAAGAAAUUGAAUGUUAUAUUGUAUCUUUAGAUACAUCGAUAAUCGUUUAUAAAGGUCAAUUUACAACUCAUCAACUUUAUCCCUACUAUGCUGAUUUAACAAAUCCCGAAUUUAUAUCGCAUAUUGCUAUUGUACAUAGUAGAUAUUCGACGAACACGUUUCCAGCAUGGUCAAGAGCUCAACCUAAUCGGUUAAUUUCUUUUAUAGUAAAACCGAUAAAAUUAGUUUUUUGA